ACAAAAACACGUCUGCUGUCAAAAUUUGUAGUGUCAUGUCGCACUAUUAUUUUUGUUCUUAUCAGAACAUAUAAAUUGCAAAAAAAUAAUAAAAUAACAGGAAAAAGUUCGUAACUACACUAGUAAACUGUGAUUUAGUUAGAACCAGGAUGCAUUGGUACGACGGGAGCAUAGCCGAAGCGGUUAAUUUAUCGAAACAAAAAAAUGCAAUUUUCGUCGUUUUUAUUGAAGGAGACAAUGAGCUGUCCACUGAGAUGGCGGCCACCAUUGAUGAUUCAGCGGUUGUGAAGCGGCUCGCCAACGAGACCAACUUCCUGGCCAUCAAACUCAGGAGUGGAACAACUAAUUACACACAUUUUGCACAAAUCUACCAAUUUGUGCCAGUACCAUCACUGUUCUUCAUCGGACGGAACGGAACGCCACUGGAGGUGGUAUGCGCUGGAGUACAACCUAACAACUUGGCCACAAGGAUUGACAGGAUCUUAGAAGAACACUAUAAAGAAAAGCCAUCAUCUGUACAACCAUCAACUUCAUCUAACAAUGUAAAGGAGCAAACAGUGAAUCUGUUGCAAUCUGAAGCGGCUGCUACCCAACCCGCCACUGAACCUGCAGUACCUUCACGCGCUGAACAACCGGCGAGACCUCCUGUUCAAGAAGCGGAGUCCUCAUCACCUCCAGCUGCGAAGGUCCAGAAAACGGAGCACCACGUGAGCCAGCCAGAGCAGGAGUACGAGGUGGUGUGCGACGGGGACGUCUGCGUGCGGAGGCCUAAGGUCAAGGUGGAGGAGCCCGGACCUAGUCAGAGGUCGAACAUAGCUAUAUCUGAACCUAUGGAGACUGGUGUGGAAGCUGCUAACAGCAGUGCAAGCAUGGAAGAUAAGCUGGACAAAGCUAAACAGCUGAUAGAAGUCAGACGGAGGGAGAAGGCCGCAAAAGAAAAAGAGUUGGAGAAACAGAAGGAGCUGGAACGCCGCAACUUGGGACAGGGCGUGGCUGAGCUGAAGAGGUGGCAGGCUGACCAGGAGCUUAAGCAGAUUCAGGAGGAGCGUAAACGUGAGAAGAUGGAGAACAACCUCGCCCGGCAGCGCAUCCUCGAGCAGAUCGCGCAGGACCGCGCCGAGAGACGCGCCAGAGAUGCGCCCCCAGCAUCCGCUCCCACACCCGCCGCCAAUGUACAGGCACCUACAGGGGAUGUUGGUAGAGGCGCCCGUCUGCAGUUCAAGUUACCGGACGGCAGUUCGCACACGGCGCAGUUCGAUGCUGACGAUGCUCUUUCUCAAGUUCACCAGUACAUCGCUGAUAAUCUUCAGAUGAGUCGUUCGUCGUUCUCGUUGUGGAUCGCAUUUCCCCGGCGGGAGUUGACGGAGAGUGCAGCGAGCCUGCGGGCGCUGCAGCUGGCUCCCUCCGCCGCGCUGCUGGUGCUCCCGCGGCGGCCCGCGCCCGCGGUGGCCCGGCCUUCGCCCUUCGCCACACUCAUCACAUUCUUCACCCAAUUCUUCACAUCAUUCAUUCUGGAGCCUACGCAGCAGUUUUACACGUGGCUGCGCGUGCGUCUGUUCCCUCCCCCACCCCGCGCCGCCUCCCCCCCGGAGCCCCGGAGACCAUCUCCCCCACCCGGCGUCAGGAGAAGGGGGAACAUCCACCGACUGCCAGGAGACAGGUCUGCAGACGACGACAACAACACGUGGAACGGGAACUCCACGCAGCAGAUGUAAUGGCCUAGUGGGUGGGAAGACUGAGUGCGAGUUCGAUGAUUGGAGAAAGCAGGAUAUAGAUGUUGUAAUUGAAUCAUUAGUAAUAGUUAGUGAAAUAUAUUAAUGUUGCAUAUUAUCUGGAUCACAGUGUUGCCACAAUGCUGACGUCAUAUUAAAUCAAAUAUCUUUAUUCUUGUAGGUAUUAUAAACUCUUGUGAUAUGUCAAAUCUACCUUCAGUUCAGAUUCUUUCGAGCUAAGAACUGACAAGAAACUCAGCUCUUAUUAAACAAAUCAAUCAAAUAAAAUAUCUUUAUUCAUGUAGGUCUAUUACAGACUUACGAUAUGUCAAAUCUAUAGUCAGUUCGGAAUGAUUUCUAAAUGAGAACUGACAAGAAACUCAGCUUUUAUUCUUUUCAAGCUGAGCUUGUACAUGAUUACAAAAAUA